AUGAUGGCAGCAGCUACCAACCCCGAUGGACAGACGAGGAAGCGCCAGCUGCGGGAGGAUCUCAGCCUCAUUCGCUCCCAGAAGGCAGAGGUGCUGCGCAAGAUCCAGGCUAUCGCGAAGAAAGCGCGGACGAGCGGGGGCGGCCCGGCCACGCCGCACCCGGGCCAGUCUCUGGAGGCGCGGCGCGCGACGCUACUGGACGAGCAGCGCCGGCGCGGCGAUGCGCUGUGGGCGCAGUGCGCCAAGAUCCUGGCCGCGCUCAAUGGGUCGGGGCGCACCAAGCAGUACUUUGGGCAGCCCGUGGACGCAAACUACGCGCCGGGGUACUACGCGGUCAUCAAAAACCCCAUGGACCUGGGCACGGUGAAGACAAAGCUGGACCACCGGCGGUACAGCAGCCUGCUGGAGUUCCGGGACGACGUGCGGCUGAUCUUUGCCAACUGCCGCCAAUUCAACCCGCCCGGCAACUUUGAGAAGCGGCGCCUGUCGCACGCGCUGGGCACGCUUCCGGGCGAGCGCCUGGAGCGCGUGCUGGGCAUCAUCGCGGAGGGGCCCAGCCGCCCCGCCCCCGCCGACGAUGAGGAGUAUGAGCUGGACAUCGACUCGCUGGAUCGCGCCACGCUCUGGGCGCUGCAGUCGGCCACAUCCCUGUUCCAGGCCAUCGCCUCGGUGUGCCGCACCGACACCAUCGCCUCAGCGGUGGGCUCCUUCUUCCUCCUCGUGUUCAUCGUCACCGGCGGCUUCGUCAUGGUCAAGUCCGCAAUCCCCCCCUGGUGGAUUGGCGCGUACUGGGCCAACCCCUGGGCCUACCUCACCAUGUCCAUCUCCAUCAACGAGUUCAUGGGCGCGUCAUGGGACGUGCCCAACCCCGCCGACCCCACGAACCCCCUGUCCCUGGGCGAGCAGGUGCUCGCCUUCCGCGACUUCCCCACCUCCACGCGCAUGGUCUGGAUUGGCGUCGCCGCGGGGCUGGCCUCCACCAUCAUCAACGUCGCGGUGUUCGUGCUGGCCACCACCUUCAUGCCCCCGCGCCCCUCCAAGCCGGUGAUGAGCGAGGAGGCGCUGGAGGAGCUGGAGUUUGCGCGCGAGGUCGCGCCGCAGCGCCCGCCCCCCAGCUCGGUCACCCGCGACAUCCAGCUGGGCAUCCGGCGCGCCGCCUCGACGCAGAGCAUGGCCGCCAGCGCGGAGGAGGAUGCGCAGGAGCAGGGGGAGGCGGAGGCCGCCGCCCAGGCGGCCAUCGAGGCGCGGCGUGCUGCCGACCUCGCGCAGCUGCAGUCGCUGGAGGAGGGUUCGACCAAGGAGCGGGACGUCCUGCUCGGCCCCGGCCAGGUGGUCGUGGGCCAGGGCGCCGACCUCACCGCCCUGGGCAUCGCGCCGCGGCAGGACGAGGGCGGGGACGAGGAGGACGGCGAGGACAUGGAGGAGUUGUGA